AAAUCUUGUGCGAACGAGAGCAAAGGUCAAUGUCGGCGGGAUUCUUUGAGACGAGCAGCGGCAGUGAUGGCGCUUCGGCCGAUGGCAGCUAUCUGCCGCAGCACAACGCCGAGUAUAAGCUCAAGGAGUAUUGGGACCGGCGGUUUACAGUGGAGCGGACGUAUGACUGGUUCAAGUCGUACGAGUCGUUUCGGAUUCAGCUGCUCCCGGAACUCAAGCCAAGCGACCGGAUUCUGAUUGUUGGCUGUGGAAACUCGACGUUGUCAGAGCUGCUGUACAAGGAUGGCUUUGAAAACAUCACCAACAUCGACUUUUCUCAGAUUGUUAUUGAUAACAUGCGAGAGCGAUGCAAUCCGGAAUGCCCGCGUAUGAAGUGGGUGGUGAUGGAUAUGCUGGCAAUGACAUUCGAGAACGCCGAGUUUGACGUUGUGAUUGAAAAGGGCACCAUUGACGCGCUUCUUGUGGACCAGCGCGACCCUUGGCGUCCCUCCCGGCAACUCUGGAAGCAAAUGCAACAACUGCUCUUCCAUGUUCAUCGCGUGUUGACUGAUUGCGGAAAGUUUGUGUCCAUCACGUUCGCACAGCCUCAUUUCCGUCGCCCGCUUAUCCAUCGCAAACGCUUUGGCUGGGACUUUAACUACCUCACGUUUGGCGACGACUUCCACUAUUACAUUUACGUUAUGAACAAGGUUGCCGUGCCCGUCCCUCCUCGCCGGCGAGCCCACCAACCGCCUUCCACUGCCGCUUCUGGCGACCAGACGAAUGACCCAAAGGCGCAGCGACGGUUCAAGAAGGCCUCGGAAGCUGCAAAAGGCUUGACCGUCGCCGCCACUACUUUGAUUCAUGCGAGUGGAGUGCCAUUAAAGCACAUUGAGGCCGAUGCCGCAUUUUCGGAUGAGUCGGAUGGCGAGGCAGAGAGGAGCCGCCCGCGCGUUUCCCCCUCGGACGACAAGGAUGCUGUCUCGGACUCUUCCGAGUACGAAGACUUGAAGAGUGUUUCUGAAAGUGAGAAUGAGGACUUUUUGAUUGGUAUUGAUGUCGAGCAAUAACGAUUGCUCCCUUCUAAAAAACAAAAACAAAAGGAAAAACAGCAAAAAAAAUAAACGUUAAACAUAACGAA